CUGUCAAUCAUCACUCACACCUCGCGCCGCCAAUGCAUACAGCUCGCUACACAGCGGUGUGCACUGCCAAAAAUGCCUUCAAGCCCUCAAUUGUCCUCUGGCAGCAGUUCGUUGCUGCUGGUACCCCUAUCCAGCGUUUCUCCUCCACCAUAGCUACGCACGACUCCGAACGGCCUCUACCUCAACUGCCAUCCAACGAAACAGCCGAAGCGCCUUCCUCGCCAGUUAUCUCUGAUAUAUCCGACCAGUCUCCGGCAGAGCUGCCACUGAAGAAGCACGCCUAUCCUCGAGAGAGCAUCGCUGCUGCGAACGAGCGCCAAAUCGACGACAUAGACCCUCAUGACCUCUCCGCCACGCUUGAGGCGCAUCGCGCCUCGAAUCGGGCAUCCCUCAUUCGUGGUGUUAAGAGCAAUCAGAUUGACACGGAUUACAAACAAGCCCAGGUAAAGUCGUCGCUGAGAUUGAUUAGCGGCGCUGCGACAGGGCGUGGAAAAAAAGGCCACCAGCGUCGAAUGCCUGACAUUCCUAUCAUUCCCCUCGCAGGCAUUUUGCAGAGGCCGAACCCGUCUCUCAACAGAGGAAAAAAACUUUGGGCGACCCCAAUUCCCCUCGAAGGCAUUUUGUACAAGAAGAAACAGACUAGGGCAAAAUAUCAAGUGACAUUCAAUCCUCGUGAAGAAGUUCGCAGGGUGCAGCGACCAGAGCCCAAGAAACCCAAGGAAACCAAGAAAACCAACAGUAUCAGCGACGUUGAAAUAAAGCGUAGACUUCCCAUUCCCCUCAAAGGCAUUAUGCUGAGGUCGAUCCACCCUACGAAUAAACGGCCGGCGACCACCAUUCCCCUUUCAGGCAUUUCUUUCAAGAUAAUUCAAAAAAGGGCAAAAGAUCAAGUGACCGUCCAUCCUUUUCAAGAAGUUCCCAGGGUACAGCCAGAAGAAGUCCAGAGGUUACAGCCAGAAGAAGUCCACAGAGUACAGCGACCAGGGCCCAAGAAACCUAAGAAGCCCGUCACUGACUCACAACACAAUCGAAAUACCGACGUUGUGCCGCCAAUCGAUCCAAUGCUUAGACAAGACGGGUCAAAAGCGAAUCUGAAGGAGCUUAGGAAGAAGUCCAAGAAGGAGUCGGCGCCGAUGAAAUGGCCAACCAUAACAACGUUCAAACAAGGUCAACAGCUUUUGGAAUACAAGGGGGAAAACGUUGAGCCACUCUCUGAGGUGCUUGUCCCUGAGAGCGAACUUCCUUGGGUUGUCAAGGAGGACUUGCAGUCGAUGACGGGGGCUGAGAGGCUUUCAGAGGAAAUCUCUAGAUUCAAUUCAUACAUGAUGCCAACACCAAACGAGCGUACCGCGCGACAAGCGGUGAUCAAAGAGCUUUCUGACCUGGUAAAGAAACAUUUCCCCAAGCAUACAGUGAGCGUGUUUGGGUCAGAGUGGAACGGACUGGCAUUGGCAACGUCAGACAUUGACUUCCGACUGUCAGUGCCUGCAUUGGUCGGCUCAAAACUGGAAAACGCACCGCGCUACAUUGUACGAAAGGUUCUGACCAAGGACCUUGAGCGUCUUCACUUGAUUAUGCAGAGGUCGGUGGGCAUCUACAUGCUCUGCUCAAUCAGGCAUGCCCGUUAUCCCCUCAUCUCCGUACAGCACAUCAAAUCGCGUCUUGAUCUUCAAGUGGUGGGAUCAAACGACACUUCAGUAUCCCGGACGUACGUCUUGAAAUACCUAGCAGAGCACCCAGGCUUGAAGGAACUCAUCGCCGUGCUGAAGGUCCUAUUUGACAUCCGAGGCAUCUCGGACGUUUUCAGAGGCGGCUUGGGCUCGUACAGCGUCUUCAUGAUGGCCGUUGCCAGCAUCAAGCUGGGACCACAGGGCACAUCCACCGAUCUCGGGCAACGACUACUGAACUUUUUAAGCUUCUGGGCCAAGUUCGAUACGUACACAACCGGAGUUUCGAUCGAGCCAGCCGAAGUAUUUCCUAAGACGUCGAGAACCAUCAUCACCGUCAAACAGAAGAAGAACCUAGAUGAGAAGGGCCUCCUCAGGGAAAAACUGGGCCAGAUCGACCCCGCGCAACCCUAUCUCUUAUGCCUGCAAGACCCCGCCGAUGCCACAAACGAUGUCGGCAAGAAGGGUUUCGCCAUCAAGCAUAUCCAAGCCACGUUUGCGCACUUGGAGAAAGAGCUCAGGACAGCCAUGAAGGAGAACACCAGGCCGUCGCUGCUAGGUCCUGUUGUUGGUCCUGCUUAUAUUCUGAACAAAGAACGGCGUGCUACCAUGGAGGAGUACGGGGCUUCAAUCGGGCCACUACCAGAGCAGGCGGCUGAGGAGGCGGAGCGUGCGCCACCAGCGGAGAUGACGAUUGAGGAGUUCAGGGAAGAAUACCCGCUUCCCAACAACCCUCUUAUGCAUCUUUCUUUGGGUGAGGUGGAGGGGAUUGAGAAAGAGGCUCCAGCUGCGACGGAGCAGAGUGCGGAGGAACCUCAAGAUGUCGUGGAGCAGGAAGCUGAGAGUGCUUCUGAGGUGAUUGAGAAGGAGGCUCCGGAUGCGUCGGAGCAGGUUGCAGAAGAAACUCCAGAUGUGGUGGAGCCGACCGCGGAAAGCGCUUCUGAAGUGGUCGAAAAAAGCUGAAGAGAUAACACCGAAAGAGGAAGAGGCAGGAGAUGAAAAGGGUGAGGCUCCUCAGGACAAGACGAGAUAGUCGUCCUUGGACGUGAGUCCUUUUGGACUUACCUGGUAACGGCAGAG